AUGAAGGCAUUUUUAUUACUUUGUUGUAUUGGCCAUGCAAGCGCACUAUUUGAUGAGUUAUUGAACGGUGCCAUUAUACACUUUGGUCCUUAUGAUGAUUUGUUUAAGAUCGGCAACCUUACAAAGCGUUACUCGCCACUGAGCAAGGAUGACCUACAUGCAAGCAGGAAUGCACGCCAUUUGCUUGAAGCAGCACGAAAUGUAUUCAACGUUGGCUUUUACACAUUGCCACCGUUAGACCCAUAUAAGAGUUCAGAUCUCCCUCCGAUGGUCGUUGAUAAACAUUUCACGCUUUUAUCCGGGAUAAUUCACUUAAAUCAUUUUGAAAUGACGGGUGCAAAAAGGUUUAAUCUAAACUUGUUAGAAAUACGUAAUAAAAACGGAAGAAUCGAUUUCGGUUUUACUUUGCCACACCUCAACGUUAAAGUUGACGUUCAAACAAAUCUCCUAUUCGCGGAUUAUAUACCUGUGAAUAUCAAGGGAAAAUUAAGUUUAACUCUUAGUAAAAUAUCAGUGCUGGGAGCAGGACAAGUGUAUUUCAAAAAAUUAGUCUCUCAGUUAUCAGCUCUACACAGCCGAGUUCAUAUCGGAGACGUAGCGUUCCAAUUUAUCGGCUCACAGAUUGAUAUAAAUAAGAUGCUACGAGAGAGCUCAUUAGCAGCGAGGUUUAACCCUAUGUCAAACAUCUUGGACACUUUUAAGGAGCAAUUAAAUGAAUAUGUAGCUAACUUCGUCUUUGAAGAAAUUAACAAAAUGCUUGCAGGGGCACCUUCACCAUCACAGUCUACAGCCAGAACUAUCAUAUCAUCAAUGUCACAGGAGAAUUUUCAGUCACACUAA